AUGUCUCGUCCUCCAUCACCGUUGAUAGAGAAUUACUUGCGGGAAGCGGGUUUUUCGCACGUGGCCACUAUAGGCUGGGGGUGCAAGUUGGACCCAAAACUCAUCAGCACGUUGAUAGAGAGGUGGAGAUUCGAGACGCAUACAUUCCAUCUUCCAUGCAGAGAGUGUACCAUCACCUUGGAGGACGUGCAAUUACAAUUGAGAUUGUCGAUGGAUAAGUCCGCACUCAUCGGGUCCGUUCAAUCUGUUGAUUGGGGACCCGUAUGUUAUGAUCUUUUGGGUGCUAUUCCGGAUAAUAAUUACGGAGAUCAGAUCGAGAUGAGUUGGUUACGAGACACAUUUUCGGAGCCGGGAAAUGACUCGACUGAAGUAGAAAGAAUACGAUAUGCUCAGGCAUACAUUCUUGAUAUGACUGGAGGUUAUUUGAUUCCGGACUUGUCACGAAACCUCGUACAUCUGAGGUGGCUGCUGAAACUCAUUGAUUUUAGAGCAGUUGGCGAAUUUAAUUGGGGGUCUGCCGUGUUGGCAACAUUGAACUGGGACAUGUGCGGGGCGACGCCACCAACUAAAGCCAAAAUCAGAGCGAGUUAUGUUGGAAUACCUAUUGCUCUUGAAGAUAUACGGCUUCUAUUAGACCAACGGUCAGAAGCGCAAGUCCCAUUGGUCAACUAUGCUACCGUGGAGAUACACCAGACGGAUAAAGUGUUGCGGCAAUUUAGAUUUCGACAACCGAUUUCUGUGGUACCUAAGGUGCUCAAUGAUGAGCACAAAUCGAAUACGAACUGGUUGAUAUUCUGGUCGAAAUAUAUUGAAAUGUGA